AUGCCCGAAAGUCAGAGUGCAGAAUCGGUGCUUCCUGGCUUGCAGCAAGCCGGCUUGGUCAUGGGCUCCUUCCUCGUGCAAGUCGUGGUCUUGGGGCUCUUCCACUCCUAUGGCACACUCUUCGCUGCACUGAGGGCAGACACGGGCGAUGCGGCCAGCACCCUGGCACUUGUGGGUUCGAUUCGGGAUUUUGUGUUCGCUUCGGGUGCUGCACCAGCAGGAUUCCUGGUCCAUCGCAUCGGCUUCGUGCGGAUGGCCGCCAUUGGGACAUCUUUACUUCUGUUCGGCAUGCUUGCUGACAGCCACGCCCCCUCCAGCUACUUCCUCUUCAUAACCUGUAGUUUGGUCGGUGGGGUAGCCAUGGCCAUGAUCUUCACCCCAGCCCUGGCGGUACUCUAUGGUCAAGGCCAUCUCAGCCGGAGCUUUCUCCCUGUGGCUGUAGGUCUGGCUUCGUCCGGCGGAGGUCUUGGAACUGUCGUGGUUAACCUGGGCCUCCAUCUACUGCUGGACAGUUUCAGCUGGAGGGAUGCGCUUCGGAUUUGCUGCGGGGCGUUUGGCCUUCUGCUGCUUGUUGCCCUGACGGCUCUUUGGUGCAGUCUUCGUUACAAACAUAAGAAGACCGGAAAAUCCACCACCGACGAUCAAGAGCUGCGAAGCGGCAGCCAUGUCCGAGACUUCUUACAGCCUUUCGGCGAGUUACAGUUCUUGCUGCUCAGUGCUUCUUUGUUCCUCUAUGGCAUCGGCUUCAUGGUACCCUACACGCACCUCGUGUACUAUGCUGAAGCAGAGAGGGGCCUGGACAUAUCUAAAGAGCUAACUUCACUGCUUGGCAUAUCAGGCGCAGCUGGUCGUCUUUGUUUCGGUGUUUUCUCUGCAGUUGUGAUGCCUUCGAAGCUUGUCCUGGUCGUACUGCUCGUGACGGGGGCAUCGCUAAUUUGCCUGCCCUUCUGCGACGACGCUGCGGAACUGAAGACCUUCUCUGCCAUUUAUGGCUUCUCUGCCGGAGGCCGUGUUGUUCUGUUGUCGUUGCUUCUCAACGAGCUCUUCGACGCGCAGAGAGUAGCGCACCUCUACGGCCUUGUUGGCAUUCCGAUUGCAGUCGGCAUGCUUCUUGGGCCCACCUUCGUCGGCAAAGUCUAUGACCUCAAUUGCCACUACGGCGGCGCCUUCUUCGCGGCGGGUGGGAUCGUGCUCUUGGCAGUCCCUGUGUUUUGCCUUGCGGCUUUUUGUUCACGAUCCAGCGAAAGACCUUCGCCCUUGAGAGCAGCACACCUCUCGUGCACCCCGGCCAUGCAAGAUUCGGAGAAGGCGGAUCAUCGGGAACAGGUCGUCCCGUCAUGUCAUGCAUCGGAUGACUCCCGGUGA